UCAGCAUCCACUGACAAUGGUCCUUUUUGAGAUGGCAUCUGUGACUCAGCUAUUCAGAACCUAAUGAAGUUGGUGACUCUGUGACAAUGUGGAGAAAUCAUGUCAGAAAAUGCAGUUUGUAUUGGGGCUGUCAAUGCUGUGAAGGAAGUUUGGGAAGAAAGAAUAAAGAAACACAAUGAAGACCUGAAGCGAGAGAAGGAAUUUCAACAGAAGCUAGUGAGGAUCUGGGAAGAACGAGUAAGCUUAAGCAAGCUAAAAGAAAAAGUCAUCAGGGAAGAUGGAAGAGUCAUUUUGAAAAUAGAAAAAGAAGAAUGGAAGACCCUCCCUUCUUCUCUACUAAAACUGCGUCAGCUACAGGAAUGGCAACUUCAUAGAACUGGUUUAUUGAAAAUUCCUGAAUUCAUUGGAAGAUUCCAGAACCUCAUUGUAUUAGAUUUAUCUCGAAACACAAUUUCAGAGAUACCUCGAGGAAUUGGACUGCUCACUAAACUUCAAGAGCUGAUUCUUAGUUACAACAAAAUCAAGACUGUCCCCAGGGAACUAAGUCAUUGUGCCAGCUUGGAGAAACUAGAACUUGCUGUAAACAGAGACAUCUGUGAUCUUCCACAAGAGCUCAGCAAUUUGUUAAAGCUUACGCACCUUGAUUUGAGUAUGAACAACUUCACUAUAAUCCCUCUGGCGGUGUUGAACAUGCCUGCUCUCGAAUGGCUUGACCUGGGAAGCAACAGACUUGCACAACUUCCUGAUACUAUAGAAAGAAUGCAGAGUCUACAUACAUUAUGGCUACAACGGAAUGAAAUAACAUGCUUGCCAGAAACAAUCAGCAAUAUGAAAAAUCUGGGUACUCUUGUUCUCAGCAACAAUAAACUGCAAGAUAUUCCAGUGUCUAUGGAAGAGAUGACCAAUCUGAGGUUUGUCAACUUCAGAGACAACCCAUUGAAAGUGGAAGUAACACUUCCUCCCAGUGAAAGCACAGAAGAAGAGGAGGAACAGGAAUUAUUUGGCCUUCAGUUUAUGCAUGCAUAUAUACAAGAGUCCCGGAGAAGAGCAGAUAACCAAGUCAACUGUUCAACUACUUUACCAAUCUCUAUAAAUACUGAUGGAUAAUAUAACUCAAGAUGCCCUGCUGAAGAGAAUUACUUUGAGAAUUUGAAUUUGCU